AUGCAAAUAUUGAAGGAAAGAGAAGCAUUCCUAUCAAAUUUUGAAGUAGCCGAACAUCUCAAUGCUAUAAAACAAAAAUAUAAUUGGACAUUUACUCAACAAGAUGAAUUAGAACAAAAUCAACAAAAUCAACAACAACAACAACAAACAAAAAGAAAAAAUAGAUUUACAGAAUGUGGAAUAAAUCUUGAAAUAAUAACAAAAGAUAUUUUACAAUUUAUACAAAAUUCAAACUCGAAUUUAAUUAAUGAACCAACAAUUGAAAAUUUUAAAAAAAUGAUGGAAUUUUUAAAUCAAUUUGAAUUAAUGAAAGUUGAAAAAUUACAAAUUAUGAAUCAAUUACCUAGAAGUUUAGUUGUUUUAUAUUUAUUAAUUGAAGAUUGUGAAGAAAGAUUUAAUGAAGAACAAAGUCAAGGAAUUAUUGAUAAGAUUCAAGAAUUAUUUCCUAUUGAACAAACUUAUGAAGAAGAUGAAGAAGAAGGAGUAGAGGAAGAAGAUGGAGAAGGGGAGAUAGCAGCAGAGGGGGAAGAAGAAGAAGACGUUGAGAUGGAAUAA